AAGUUAGAAACAGGAAGGGAUUAUCAUGAACUAGGUCUUUAAACGUGAAUAGCCCAGAAAUACUUCAGAGUUAUCAUUGGAAAUUUUCUUGGGUUAUUACAUAAAAAAAAAUAUAUAGAUACUAACAGCAAAAUUAGUUCCAACUUUGAUGUCGGUCGUACACAGUAAUUUUGUUUUAGUUUCAGACACUAUUAGAGUGCCUAGCGUAAGACAUUGAGUAAACUGAACUUAUCAAACAAGGAAUAAAUACUAUGCUGAAUCUAGGUUCUGAAUCUAGUGAUGUAUACGAUAGAUUCUUACCACAGCCCGCAACAACCCCGCAUGGAGAUUUACAUGCAACUCAAAUCAGAGAAUCGCCACGGACUGAGAACAAUGGAAGGCACGGAGCAGCAUUUACCAUCACUCUUUCAGUUUCUCUUGUUCUUAACGUGGUCAUGACGUUAUUUGUCGUUUUCUACGUCAUAUUUACGAUGAAGCAGGUGGUAAAUCAUAAGAAAGACAGUGGAUUUUCUGUGUCCGAAGAGGGAAUGGCUGGAAAGGAGAACUCUGUGAAACAGUUGACUGUUUGUUUACCUUGCCAACAUCUCAUAGGGCAAACACAGAACUUUGAAGUAUGUUGUCAAAAUUCCACUGAGUCUGCUGUGCUUCUACUAAAAUUGCUCUUAAAUGCAAGGGAAAAGAAAAAAUCUACAUUAGUUUUUGGGCAAUAUCAUAUUUCUGCAACACAAGGUAGAAAACGGGUAUCUCUUAAAUCUUCCAGUAUAAAAUCCCCGUCCGAUUCUAUAUUACUUCCAUCAACAUUAAAUAGAAUCAGAGUCAACAAAAGCGGGUAUUAUACAGUAUUUGGAAACUUGUGUUUCUCCGAGAAAGACAUUACUGGAAAGUCGGAGUCUGUGAUCGCGACUUUGGAGCAAGUACACAAUGGCUCCAAGAGAACAAUUUUCAGCAAGACAGAAGUCGUACAUUGGGACCCUAAUACUUAUGUUAGCAUCAGCUUUAUGGAGAAUAUUUGGUUAAACGGAAACACAGAACUAUUGUUAUUUGUCAAUCGUCCAAAUGUAUUGUAUAAAUUAAAAGACUGUAAUACAAUAGGGCUAUAUAAAACGCAUUAAUAAAGAAUUUUAAAAGGAA